GUUUUCGUCUUCUCAUUUCAAUGUAGUGAGUGUAAAAAUAUUAAAUAUGUAAAAUACUUCUUUUUAAGUUUUAUUAAUUACUAUACCGAAAUCGUUACUUCUCGGUUAUAUAUGAAGAAAUACCAAUUUUCGUUUUUAAAUGAGAGUGCUUUAUACAUCGAACGGCGAAUUUUUCAAAAAAUCUACCUUAAAUGUUAUGAUGAGACAAUUUUUGUUUCUUUCAUUUAAUUUAUGAGAAUACUAUGGUGCGGGAAUCGUGUUGACUAACUAGUCAUAAUGCCGGUACAGCAAAUAAAUGUGAAGAACUCAUCUGAUAUCGAGAGUUGGGAAUGGGGCGGGGGAUGUGGCAGGGAAACCGUCCGCGCAGGGUCCGGGAGCAGUCAGACCUCGUGCAGCAAUUCCAGUGGGGACAUAUGCAGGAUAUGCCAUUGUGAGAGCGAAGUUCAUAAUCCACUGCUAGCACCAUGCUAUUGUUCUGGGAGUCUGAAGUAUGUUCAUCAAAGCUGUCUUCAACAAUGGCUGACGGCCUCUGAAACGAGAUCAUGUGAAUUGUGCAAAUUUAAUUUCAUUAUGCAUACAAAAAUUAAACCGUUCAGUGAGUGGCGUCUGCUGGAAAUGUCAGGUGUGGAGCGUCGUCGUCUGUGCUGUGCUGUCCUUUUCCAUUGUGUGGCAGCCCUGUGUGUAAUGUGGUCGCUUUUUGUGCUCAUAGAGAGGGCUGUGGAGGAGGUCAACAGAGGACUCAUAGCGUGGCCGUUCUGGACGAAGCUGGUGGUGGUGGCGGUUGGGUUCACUGGUGGGGCCGUGUUCAUGUAUAUACAGUGCAGGCAGUAUUUGCAUUUAUGUAACAGAUGGCGGGCGCAUAACAGAAUACUCCUCAUACAAAACGCGCCGGAGAAGAUACCUAUUAGCGGUUCCCCUCCGUUACGCCACAAGCGCCGCGAGCGGUGUGCCCUCGGGCAGGUGGUGGCGAACAUUGAACCCCUACCACCACCAGUCGCCUACCACGAGGAGGACGAGAGCGGGGGCUUCGAGACGUACAGAGGGAAUCCCCACAGGAGACUGUCGGCCCUCACGGAGGACAGGAGACCAGCUGAAGUAGAACCCGCUGACGGCAGAAGGUUCUCGGACACGAGGCUCUCCCAGCCGGUCAGUGUGGCCAUCGAAGAUACGUCACAGCCUCCCGUUGAGGCUGGCGUGUAUCACAUCAGCGUAGAUCCGCUCGAGGCUGACAUUCGUUCUCUGCUAGUGUUGGAGGCCCGUCGCGAGGCCCGCGCGGCCCGCUCGCUACCCAACCUGCGGGCCUCGCGCGAAUCCCUCCUCCCCCCGGGCCCGGGGCUGGCCCUCGACCCCGGGCCUACUUCCUGAGGCCGGGGCCUCACGCUAUACGAAGACCCAGCUGUAUACUAGCGAUCGGAUCUCGCGCCGCACAUCAUAUCCACCAAGCUAUAGUGCGUGACGCGACAAACGACACAUAGUGAAUCGUAUAGUGAAAUGUACUGUGAUUUAUCAGUGUGAACUCUUGCUUUACAGGAGCUUCUAGUGUUCUAAAUUAUGCCAUAUCCUCGUGUUAUAACGGACUUACUUAGUAAUGUGAAAUGUGAGUCAUUGAACGCGGACAGGAAGAAAAUUGGGUGUUUAUUAACAUAUAUAUAUUGAUAAAUAUAUGAUAGGUACAUCGUCACACCGAGACAUAUAAGUUGGUUACAAUUUACUUUACAAUAUAACCAUAAUAUAAAACAUCCACAAUCAUUAAUACAUACCUUAUCUUCAUUGGAAUAUAUGAAAUUCCUAACACUCUAUGGUUUGUUACAAAUAAUGCAUUUAACAUAUCAUGUGGGUAGUUGGAAAAUAUGAGUUUUUGAUGCAUUUCAAUCAUUGAGUCCAAAAUAUGUAUGACUUUUAAGUUUAAAAUUGUGACACAUUCAUGUCUGUGUGUAAAUAAAGCCUGCAUACUCACACACACAAACAUAAAAUAGCAAUAUUAGUUACAUGAAACCUACUUGGAUUAUAUCUUUAUGCCUAUGCCUUGUAUAAUGUGAAAUGUCAUACAAUGUAUUUUUUUUAAUAUAGAUGGCUGUAUGUCAUAGUAUCACUAGUAACGAUUCCCAUCUGGCUUUAUUCAAUAGUGCAAUAUGUGAAGUGCAAUUGUAUUUGUUGUUGAAGAAUAAUUUCAAUAUUAAUUUUGGUCUCAGUCAUUAUUAUACUCAGAUCUAGUUUUUCUUUGUAGGUGUACUAUAAUUUUCCUUUCAUUACAAUUUCUUUAUAAGUAACCUAAUUAGGCUUGUACGUUCAACGAUCUAACAUUAUUAGAUGCUUAGGAACUAAUUGUGAUCUCCGUUAAUAUAUGAGAAAUAUAUUAAUAUAAAAUUAUCAGUUUUAAUACGAAUCAAAGCUUAUCUAUGUAUGUAAUAUGAAAUAGUGGAAGGACACAGCAAUAGAUUAUGUAUAAAUUUUUAAUAUCAUUGUAAAUACAUUCAUAGAUUAUAGUUUAUUUGCUUAAAAAUUUUGACGAGCUACUCUAUACUAUUAACAGUAGUAGGAGACUUCAAUAUACCUUUGUGGAUACACCUGGGAAGGUAUUUUAAUUAAAUUGAACUUUAUGUUCCUUCAGCCAUAUCCGUCCUAAUCGAAAUUUUAAUUUUUUUGCUAUAAAAAUAAUGUUUGUAGCUCGUCGAAUACUAUGUAAUCAACAGUCAUACAAUAGCCGAUGCAUUUAUAUAACUAUAGGACACUACAAGUACAAACAAUAAAUUCUGUUCACAAAUAAAUUUAAGUUAGUUUCGAAAGUUAUUGCAUAAAUAUUGUCAUUUGUUCCGCCUCUAUGCUUCACGCUUUUCUAUUUCUAACACAAAGGAAUCUAUAUAAGAAUUUUAUUUUAUAUAAAAUAAUACUUUACUACUAACAUUUCUGAAUCUCUUACUGUAACUAGUACUUAUUUCUCUAUUUUAUUGAGGCCCAUGUGACAAGACAAAUUUUGUUAUAAUGUUUAUUUACAUUUUUUAUCCUGUCUCAUUGACCGUAGCAUAUGUAAUUUUCGAUCUGAUCUCUAAAGAGUUAUUACUUUUUUUUAAGUUAAGGCUUUGUGCACACAUGAUAUAUUAAUAUGCAAGCAUGGACAUUCCCUAAACUUAUUAAACUGUUAACAAUUAUAUAAUCAUGUAUUGUAUGUGUACAAUUCUUUAAUUUAUAAUCUGUCUAUAAAUAACAUCACUUUAAUUUCAUAAGUCAAUUUUACCAGGAUUGUGUAAUUAUUAUUUAUCAAUAUGAAUUAAGGUUUAUUGCACAUGAAAUUAUUAUUGAAACUAUUUUUGGAUAAUGUCUUACUUUGAAUAGAAUGUUGGAACAUUAGUAUUCAUUUAAUUAUUGGAAUAUGUAAAUGAAACUAUUUUUUUUGUUAUACUUUAUAGUCGGCUGUGUCAUAGUUUUUUUGCAAAUGGAAAAUUAUUUUUUCAGUCUUCUCACAUAGAAAACUUAUUUGUUAAAUCAAUUAUGCAUGAAAACCCGAACCUUUGAACUUGUACAGAACACCCGAAACUGUGGAAUGAUCAACAUUUAUUAGGAAAAUAUUUAAAUAUUUAAAUUUACUGUUAGUCAUCGUUACAAUGUAUCCAUUAAAUGUUCAAUUUAUUUCCAUUAAUUUUGUUGUAAUAUUGAAUAACAGUAGAUUUAGAAUCCUUAUAUAUUUCAAUGUGCGAUUAUGACAAUACCAUUUUUUUAUGUGUCGUGAAUUCGUUCCUUUCAGCUCUGUUUACAUCAUUUCAGUAAUUAAUAGUAAUCAUUUAGAUAGUCCUUAUAAUAAAUACGAGCGACAUAUUGUAUUUAUAGUUAGAUAAAUAAUUUUUAAAUACAUUCGUCACUUGGUGCUAAAGUAACAGAGGCUUAUUUGAUUUCACAAAAUGUCUUCUUUCAUUUAAAUUCAAAUCAUAUUAUUAAAUAAAUUUUCUGGUUGAUUCAUAUUUGUAUUGUUAUUGGAAAUGUCACUCUCAUGAAGACGUCUAAUUGUUAUUUUUCUGCUAGUCGUUUAAAGCACGUAAUUUUAUUCGUUUCAAUUUUAUGUACAAAAUAUAUGAUUUUCAUUCAAUUUUAAGUCAAAUCUUGUGUAAUGUUAGUUAUUUAAGGCCAUAAUCGACCUCCAUGAAUCAUGUAAAUAGUUUACUAUGUGAAUUAUAUUAUGUCAUUUAAUUUAACACAAAGGCCGAGCGCGCGCUGUCAAUGAACAUUUAUAAAUAAUUCCGAUUGUCACCUUCAUUCACUGCCAAUAUAAAACAUUAUGCCAAUAUCAUACAUGUGUAAAGAAAUAAAUCUAACAUAUUAUUUUUGUUUAGUGAUUAUAUGUAUAGCUAAUUAUUAACUAAUAGCAGUGUGCGCGUGGUCUUAUCCGAUAUAUAGGUAUAUGUAUUUUUUCAAUUGAUUGCUGAUUAUAUAUAUUUUUUUAUUGUAAAGGUAAAUUCCAAAGUCAUUUGUUUUUUUUUUUAUUAAACAUUCAGAUAAUGUAUUCAGUGCCUUAUUUAAUAAUUAUUGUAUGUCUUUGUUUUAAGUAUGCUUUUGUUAUUAUCUGUCCCCUAUUUGUGAUAUCCGUCAACAUCAUUAUUAUUAUUUUGUGAUAUGAGUUGCUUACAUUUUUUUUUUGCUCAAAAUUCUUUUCUCGUUCGAUUUGUACUUAUCGUUCAUGAAAUUUGUAAGACUGUAUUUUAUUUUGUUAUGUGUAAAUUGUUAACUCCAGGUUAAAAAUAUAGUUAUUUUGAGACUUGUGACUGUUUAUUUUGGGGUAUGAAUUAAAACAUUAGGUAAAAAUAAAUAAUUUAUUCAAAAUCGAAUCUCAUUCUCGUAGCGACCUGAGCUCGGGCCGUUGUGACUAGAUUGUACACUCAUCAUCUUAAUCAUUUGUAUAAAUAAUAUUUCUGUACAAACAGAUAAUCAACACUUAGUAUUAAAAGUUACUCCCCUACUUAUUAUUAACAUAAAUAAUAUUGCUAAUACUCGAGCAUUAGAAAAUACACCGAAAAAUAACACACUUUAAGGAGCAUUAAAUAUUUCAUCCUAUUAAAUUUUGGUUAGUCUUAUGGUUAUUCACCCCGCAAUUCCAAUCUUCCUUUAAGUUUCUGACAGUCGUACGUCAUAGCAGAUGUUUUAUUUAAUACAUUCGUAUUGAUAAAACCCUGUAUUGUUUAGUUUUAUUGAUCUAAAACUCGGUUUCUCCGAGCACGUGGUACAUGAGCCGCUUAAAUGAGUUUGACUGCUGGAUAUGCUCUUCCUGUA